AUACACGGUAAAUGUGACGUUAAGUCAGUAUUCCCUGACCAGUGGCUGAAGUGGAUAUCAAAGAGGAACAUGAUUGCUAAAGUUCUGUUUGCAGUUGGCGUAAUGGCCUCUUUGGCCUGUGGACAAAACGUCACCAGUAGUCCCUACGCGUGUACAACAGCCAACGGCACCGCCCCUGACAUCACCGACAACGACUGCACACGUUACUGGUCAUGCCUUGACUUUAACAUCACGCUUCUCACAUGCCCGGAUGGCGAGGCAUAUAGCUGGUUCAAUGGCACAUGCGUCAACGAGAGUCGGGUACCGUGCGAGGCUCAGAACGAGGCUUUCAACCAGACGCUGGCCAAUUACACACAAGCUGGGCGACAGAAGAGAGCUGCCACGUAUGGUCUCCCGCAGUUUCUUGCUCCGUCGUCUGGCAACGCAACCAGCAACAGCUCAAACACAUCAGAAGUUCAGAUUGGAACGCUAGAACCAAUCACUGUGACCCUUGGCCGGGAAACUUGCAGCCACAUCGGUAACAACAUCCGCGCCGCUGAGAGGGUGGUGAACAACGCCCUUCAUUUGUUUACCCAUUGUGUAUUUGACCGCUGUAAUAUUGAGCCGCUCCAGUUCGUGUGUCCCUAGAGACUAUAGGAGUAAUCAGCAGCAUCUGUACCAUCAUAAAACUGUUAUAUAUAGCUGUAGACUACACGUGUAUAUACUUAAAAGAUGCUGAUUUCUGUCGUGACAGAUCUGCCUUUUAUCUUUUCGCUGCUAGUUCGUGUCUGCUUGUGCUCGGUUUCAUGACUUUAUAUACCUGUCGAGUAUGUUAAGAUUUGCCAUAUCUAUAGCUGAUAACGAGACGCCUCUAUGAAAUAAUGUCUUUCAUGCCUUUCAAAUGUUCACUGUAUUUUUGUAGAAAAGCAAAUAAAUCCGUCCUAGACUGAAA